UUGUUUUAACAUGUGAAAGGGCAAUCUCGAAAUUACCAGCUGACUCCAGCCUCUUUCUCAAAACCGCUACCGCAUAACAAAACAACAAAGCGUCUUCUCCCUCCUCGCUCCCGUCUCUCUGUUACCUAUUAACUUCCACCUCCUCGUUUCCCCACCGACCAAGAAAAAAGGGGGAGGAAAAAAAAAAGGCAAAAGUGGAACAAAAGUUUCUCAUUGUCUCAGAACCCUAACCCUAAAAAGCCAAACUCUCAUGCGGAGGAGGUGAUGGGGUCCCUACUCUCAUGCCUCUCCGACGCCGAGGAGUCCCGUCGCCGGCGGAGACCUCACGCUCAUCCCCUCGCCGCCGCAGCUCGAGCUCCAACCCCAAUUCGGGUCUCGGAUCGAGCAGCAGAUGGAGAUCAAACAGCAAGGAGGAGUCUUUGAACGACCAGGCCCUGGCUGCGGCCGCCGCGAUCUUGCCCCAGCAGAACGGCGGGGGCGGAGUAGGCGUCGUUCCGCCGUUCGAUCCGUCGUCGCUGAGGUAUCCGACGGGAAGUGGCGGGAAGAAGCAGGGGCUGCCGAGGAGCUCCAGCUCUCGGGCGAGUGCACUGACGGAUCCCAUCGUGGAGCCACAUCAGCUCGUUAAUCAGGAAGAAAAGGUUGAUAAUUUGGAAACCAACCAUUUUGUUCUCAUUCAUGGAGGUGGUUUUGGUGCUUGGUGCUGGUAUAAAACUAUAGCUCUUCUAGAAGAUAAUGGAUUUAAGGUCAAUGCCAUUGACCUGACUGGGUCCGGAAUUCACUCCUUUGAUACAAACAACAUUACAAGUCUAGCACAAUAUGUGAAGCCACUCACUAUUUUCCUUGAGAAGCUUGGGGACGGAGAGAAGGUUAUUUUGGUGGGACAUGAUUUUGGUGGUGCAUGCAUAUCUUAUGCUAUGGAGGUCUUCCCAUCCAAGGUAGCCAAAGCUGUUUUCGUUACUGCAGCUAUGCUGACAGAUGGGCAGAGUACUCUUGACAUGUUCUCUCAGCAGGACGGGACAAGUGAUUUAAUGAGGCAGGCUCAGCUUUUCUUAUAUGCCAAUGGAAAUGAUCACCCCCCUACAGCUAUCGACCUUGACAAGUCAUUGUUGAAAGACCUGCUGUUUAAUCAAAGCCCUGUCAAGGAUAUCGCAUUGGCCUCAGUUUCUAUGAGGCCUAUCCCCUUUGCCCCAGUGCUCGAGAAGCUCUCACUUACAGAGGAAAAGUAUGGUUCGGUUAGGAGAUUCUAUAUUGAGACUAGUGAAGAUAACGGACUACCCCUUCCUUUACAGCAGAGCAUGUGCGAGUCGAAUCCCCCAGAAAAGGUUUUCCGGCUCAAAGGCUCUGAUCAUUCCCCCUUCUUCUCAAAACCCCAAGCUUUACACAAGCUCUUGGUAGAGAUUGCCGGGAUCCCUACAAACCAAGUUCAGCAAGCUACGGCUGAAUGAUACAGAUACACAUAACAUUAUAACCGAAAUUAGCCCCUUCAACAUGGUCAGUCUCAGGGAGCGUGUAUCCUCUCGCAUUUUCCGCUGCUGCUUGGUGUUCUAACCCAUACGUAUUCACGAUUCAUGCUUCACUCCAAAGAUUUUGUGAUAGAUUAUGUCCUGGAUUUGUUAUCAUACGGUGCCUACUGUUCUCUUUUAUGUUUACUGGUAAAUCUUGUUAUACCCAACAAUGGAAACCACACUGUAUAUGAUAUUUUUCACCA